AUGGCGACAUCAGGAACAUACGUGACGGAGGUUCCAUUGAAAGGAAACGCGGAGAAACAUUACAAAAGGUGGAGAGACGAGAACCAUCUCUUCCCUGACGCCAUUGGCCACCACAUCCAAAGUGUCGACGUUCAUCAUGGCGAAUGGAACUCUCACGGGGGCAUCAAGAUUUGGAACUACACAUUAGAUGGAAAGGAGGAGGUGUACAAGGAGAUGAGGGAGAUAGACGAUGAGAAUAAAACGGUGACUAGUAGAGGACUGGAGGGUCACGUGAUGGAGCAAUUCAAGGUGUAUGAUCUCAUCUUCCAGUUUUCUCCCAAGUCUGAAGAUGGAUGCGUCUGCAAAAUCACUAUGAUAUGGGAGAAGGUCAACGAUGAAAUUCCUGAACCAAGCAACUACAUGAAGCUUCUCAAGAGCAUCGUUGCUGACAUGGAUGACCACGUCCUCAAAGCUUAA